AUGCCGGAUCAUUUCUCCAUCCAGCCCAUUGGGCGGUUUUAUGCUGCAAGCCAGCCAGUCAAACGACCAAAGGAAUUUUCUUGCUUCUCAUACGACGACAACCAUGAUUUUCAUCUGGACGACUCGUCACUGAGAUACUAUUAUACACCAGCCCUAGGCACCGACCUGUCCAAAGGCUACGAUACCUUCAUCAAGCAUGACGACUCAAAGCCUGAACACCUCGGAGCACUUCUCAAAACCAUCAAAGCUCAUGAAGAAGAGACGGGGCAAAGGAUUGACGCUCAGAUUGUGACAUGGCGUGGCAUGAUGACCAAGAUCAUGGCGACCCCUUUCGAAGAUCGCGACGGCUUCGAGAUGAACGCAACGCUGUACCAAGACUGCAUAUACAUAGAAGAGAACCACGAGUACAAGGUAGCGUCUCAGAAGCAACAGAACGCAUCACAGCGACGAGGACCGAUACCUCCUGAAGUCAUGCAGUUUUGGGGUUACAAGUUUGAGACCUUGGCGACGCUCCCCGCCCCCUGGGGCGACACACCCAGAGAGUACAUCGAGAAGAGAGACGAAGAGAUCGUCAACAACAAAGCCCAAUACUGCUCCGUAGUCCGCACAGGCAUCGGGCAGACCGUCAUCUGCAUAGGCGGCGAAGUCGACGCCGUCUGGGACUCCAAGCCCGCGAAGCCCGGCGCGCCGACGAACUGGGUCGAACUCAAGACGAGCCUCGCCAUUCGUGACGACCGCGACGUCGACAACUUCCACCGCAAGCUCAUGAAAUUCUGGAUCCAGUCCUUUCUCCUGGGCGUCCCCAAGAUCAUCGUCGGCUUCCGCAACCGCCAGGGCAUCCUCACGGGCGUCGAGGAGAUCGAGACGGAAAAGAUCCCCGACACGGUGCAGCGCCGCGGCAAAGCCUCGUGGAACGCCGACAUGUGCGUUAACUUUGCCGCCGAGUUUCUCGUCUGGCUGCGGCAGACCAUCGACGACGACGGCGUGUGGAGGAUACGCAGGCGGGCCGGGGACCCGAACAUUGAGGUGUUCAAGAUCGAUGAGGCCGGCCACGGGGAGGUCUUGACGGACGAGUUCAUCAACUGGAGGAUCAAGCUCUCGAUGAGAAGCACAGCGCCAGAACCGGAACCGGAACCGGAGCCGGAGCCGGAACUUUAG